GCCUUUACACAUCCUCAUUUCUUGUAUACGUUUCUUCUUCAUCUUCUUCCUUCUGAGAUUACUGAUCUGUGUAUGUAAUCGAAAUAUAUAUAUUUAUUUAUUUAUAUGUAUAUAAUACGUUUAUAUUUGUAUACGCAAUAUAUGCAUACAUGUGAGAGAUAAUUUGCUCAAACUGUCUGGAUUUUCUCUUCAUAAUCUGGAGUUCCAAUUUAAUUGCUCGGAUUUGUUUAUUUUGAAUUGAACUGAUCUGGAAUUUUCGAGGAAGGCGAAGAUAGGGUUUGGAUUUCCCUCGGUGGAUUUGAUUUGAAUUUGAGUUGGAGAAAAAUAGAGAGAAUGCUCCAUGAUUCUGGUUCGGAGGUGGAACCUGAAGAUUCUGAAUCCGAACCCGAGUUCGUUGAGAUAGAUCCUUCCGGUCGCUAUGGUCGGUACAAAGAGGUGCUAGGAAAAGGAGCCUUCAAGAAAGUAUAUCGAGCAUUUGACGAAUGGGAGGGAAUUGAAGUGGCUUGGAAUCAGGUUAAGGUCACAGAUUUGCUGAAGAAUUCUGUGGAUUUGGAGCGUCUUUAUUCUGAAGUCCAUUUGCUGAAAACUCUCAAGCACAAGAACAUUAUCAAGUUCUACAACUCAUGGGUUGACACAAAGAAUGAGAAUAUCAACUUCAUUACUGAAAUAUUCACUUCAGGAACUUUAAGGCAGUAUCGUAAAAAACAUAAAAAGGUUGAAGUGAGAGCAUUGAAGAAUUGGUCUAGGCAGAUAUUAGAGGGGCUUUCCUAUCUUCACAGCCAUGAUCCUCCAAUUAUUCAUAGGGAUCUUAAGUGCGACAAUAUAUUUGUAAAUGGUAACCAAGGUGAGGUGAAAAUUGGUGACUUAGGACUGGCUGCCAUUCUGCGUAAAGCUCGUUCUGCUCACAGUGUCAUUGGCACACCGGAGUUCAUGGCACCAGAACUCUAUGAGGAGGAAUAUAAUGAACUUGUAGACAUAUAUGCCUUUGGUAUGUGCUUGCUGGAGCUUGUGACUUUUGAAUAUCCAUAUGUUGAGUGCGCCAAUGCUGCUCAAAUAUUCAAGAAAGUGACAGCAGGAGUCAAGCCAGCAUCAUUGGCAAAGGUGAAGAAUCCGGGCGUGAAAGCAUUUAUUGAGAAGUGUAUUGCAAAAGUCUCUGAACGAUUGUCUGCCAAGGAACUAUUAAUAGAUCCUUUUCUCCUCACUGAUGACGAUUCUGGAAGCUUAGCUCGAUCGCCGUUUAUUCCACACUAUGCAGAUAGUCAUCACAGUUAUGAACUCAACAGUUCAAAGGUUCCGGUGCCUGAGGGCAUCCGAGACUUUACAGUGCAGGGUCAAAGGAAGGACUUGAAUACAAUAUUCUUGAAACUACGAAUUGCUGAUUCAUCAGGUCAUAUCCGGAACAUUCAUUUCCCAUUUGAUAUCCAAGUUGACACCGCAAAUGCUGUUGCUAGCGAAAUGGUUGAGGAGCUGGACCUGACAGACCAAGAUGUUUCAGCAAUUGCUGCAAUGAUUGAUGCUGAAAUUAGGUCGUACAUUCCAGAUUGGGCACCAAUAGAGAGACCUGAUGAUCAUAUUGCAGAUGAAAAGGCUAUUUCUGCCAUUCAUGAUGAAUUAUCGCCUUCGGCAGCAAUUGAGUGCACUCGCACUGCAGGUCUUGUAUUGGAAAAGCUUCCUUCAGGUCGUAAGUACUGGUCUGAUUCACCCAAGACUACUAGUCCUGCAAACUCUCCACUCCGGCCUGUACACGCUGGUUCACCAUAUGCUGAAGAAAAUGAAAAACCAUUGCCAUAUAGUGAGAAAGAUGAGAGUGGAAAUGAGCAUCAAGAAACUGAGUCUAGUACUGAUAAUUAUAUGGAACAAAAAGUAAGUGCACUCCGAAAUUCUUACAUGGAUGAAAUUGGUCAUUCUGCUGAUCUGGAUUUUGCAAAUGGACCUAAUCAAUUGGAUACGCGAAAUGAAACAUCUUACAAGACUUAUUCUGAUCUCACGAAAAGCACUGUGCAGAAACUUCAGCAGCUGAUGUUUGAGCAGCGAAAGGAGCUUGAUGAACUUAAAAAGAAACAUGAAAUGGCUAUCUUAAGUUUAGUGGAGGAACUUCCUCGAGAGGUUCGUUAUGGGGUUCUUGCUAUUUGUGGUAAGCAGAUCUCUGUCCGUAGGCCAGAGUAUGAGAGAUAAUAUUCUACUAAGAAUUCUACAGAUCAAAAGUGCUUCGUAGUGGAAGCGUUUGAGAUUCCAACUAAACCAUUGAAUAGCCUCUUUGAUCAUGACAGUCAUCAUUCUAAUUUCAAAUGGUUUUCAGGACAUUGCAGAAUGCGGAAGAAGGUACACUGCAGGGGUUAACAUAAUUAAACACCGGUUGAGGUAUUACCGAGGUUUUGUUAGUUGAAUUUGCAAAACCUGCUGAAAUUAUGACAGCAUGGCUUUUCAUUUUCCUUUGUUACUACUCAGCUCGUUCAGAGCGCAACUUAAGCUUUGUUUCUUGCUCAUUCCACUAAGCAAAGCAACAUUUUGCUCUCUCCAUUGAGGUUUUGUCGAAUGCCUGAAUAGGUUCCUAACUCACACGCCCCGUCCUUUUUAUAGAUAAAAUAGGCAUUUAAAUUUCAAUUGAAUGUAUAAUACGUGUACAUAUGAGCUGUAUUGGCAACUGGAUUGGUUGCUCAUGACCUUUGAGAUAUUACUGGUUUGUUGGUUCUGAAAUGAAAUGGUUGUUUUGAUUUUAUUCAAAAA